AUGAAAAGGAUUGAGCUGAUACUUCAUUUAGCCACUCACAAUUUACAAGAAGAGAACAGUACUCCAGAGGAACCAUCAGUAUUGGAAGACAAUAAUAUUUCAGAAACACUCAAUGAUGCGGUCAUUUUAUCAGAAUUGCAGCCAGUGAAUUUAAGUCCGAAUUCCUCGAGUUUAGACCCUAAUAUUAUGUUCCUACAUAAGCCUUGUGAACUUGGACCAGAUAAUCUACGUAUUUCAAACAAUUAUGAAACACAACCCAGUACAUCAUAUUCUGUUGAAACCCACUCAUCAACCAAGAUCACUUUGAGAGAAAUGUCUCGAACAGUCUAUAAUGAGCAACAUUCCUCAGAUGAUGAGAACAGCUUAUUUGGAGAAGAUAGUGACAACUAUGUACCAUCAGAAAAUAAUAUAUCGUCGGAAAGUGAAACAAAUUCGACCCCUACCAUAAAAGAGAAAAAGAGACCCAGAAGUCUAUUUUCUGAAAAUAAAAUAAGUCCUCUGAAUAAUACAGAAAAUUGUACGCUCAUCAAAAAAGAUUCCUCGAAGGCUCCAAACGGUCCACCUGUCAACUACACCACUUGUCGGUGGCGCAAACUUAAAGUGAUCAAAAAUUUUGAAAAUCCGGAUACGAAAGAAGGCGGAGCCUGCGCUCUCCCCGCAAAAUGGAUCGACUACGGCGAUCUUUCAGGGAUUCCUUCCGGAAACGGAAGGACCGGAUCCCAGAGAGUUCCAAACCUCACCAGUGGCAAGCUGAUGAAACAGCCGUUCGAUCUGGUACAUGGCUCUCGGCGGAGACCUGUAAGAGCUGUCUUGCACGUUAGUGGCGAUGGUCUUAGAGUUGUCGAAGAAGAAACCAAAGGUUUAAUAGUCGACCAAACGAUAGAAAAAGUAUCUUUUUGUGCACCUGAUAGAAAUCACGAACGAGGAUUUAGCUAUAUCUGUAGAGAUGGUACUACGAGAAGGUGGAUGUGUCAUGGCUUCCUGGCUUUGAGAGAAAGCGGCGAAAGACUAUCGCAUGCAGUGGGAUGUGCUUUUUCCGUUUGUUUAGAAAGGAAACAAAAAAGAGAUAAGGAAUGUGGUGUUACCAUGAUGUUUGACGCUAAAAAUAACACUUUCACUCGAAGUGGAUCAUUUAGACAACAAAGUUUAACAGAGAGAUUGGAUCGGGAGAGAGGUAUAGACGUGGGUCCUACUAAUUCAAAGCCACAACCACCAGUUAAUCCUUUUGCCAUUGAAAGACCUCAUGCAACUCCCAGUAUGCUACAAAGGCAGGGGAGUUGUAGAGGUUUCAGCACGCUAGGGGAAAGUUCCCCAUUUAAACGUCAGAUGUCACUUCGGGUCAACGAUCUCCCAAGUAACACCGCCCGUUUAAAUUCCUACAAGUCACCAACUUCACCCACCGCCAAUGGAAAGCCUCCAGUUUCACCAAUACCAGAAGUUUCACCUGGCGAUUCUGUCACUGCGUUAUGCCAGCAACUUAGCCAGGGUUUAAGCCAAUUGACGCACAGCGGGUCUGACGAUUUCAACUUUAAUAAUCAAAGUUCUGUAAAUCAGAACACGCUCAAUGUUAACGUAACCACGAUAAAUAACAGUUUUAGGGCUUCUCCGAAUGUGUUUACACCAGUCAGUCUCAACUUUAGUCCUAAAAAUGAGGUUAAUACUUCUACAUCUUCAACCUCUACCCUUCCAAAGCCUGAACAGUGGUUGGAAAUGGUUAAGUCUUCCUCCCCUACAUUAGGAAAAAUAGAUGGUUCUACUCCAAGACGUACACCAUCAUUUAAAGCACAGUCGAGAGCUGUGUCGUUAGAUACUGGAUCAGACUCUUUUCAGAGUACUAAAGCAGACCCAUUUGACGCUGAAUGGGCCGAGCUGGCAGCUAGACAAGGAACAAAUAGUACUAAUCCAUUUCUAUCAAGCAGUACUACACCUAAGGCGUUUCAAAUACAGCUGUAG